UGGAACGCAGCAUAACAACCCGCUACCACUCCGGCCUCAGUGAGGCGGACCCUCAGCGUGAACGCGCAAACGGAGAGGACGUACUUCCGGAAAGGCCCUCAGCCUGAAGAGCUCCGAGACCAGAAUCCAGACUCAGUCCAGGACAACACGGUCCACCAGUCACAGCGGAGACCUGCAGGACGAUGGAGAACCAGAACCCGGACCACAGGAGCCAAACAGCAGCCUCGAGCUCUGAUAGCGCCGAUGUUCAGAAACGGAGAGGAGGAGAUGGACUCAAACGUCACCACUGUCAGCUCUGUGACAAAUCCUUCACAGCAUGCUGGUAUUUAAAGAUUCAUCAGAGAGUUCACACUGGAGAGAAACCGUACAGCUGUGACCAGUGUGGGAAAGCUUUCACUACAUCAGGUGACCUAAGAAUCCACCAACGUGUUCACACUGGAGAGAAACCGUACAGCUGUGACCAAUGUGGGAAAGCUUUCACUCAAUCAAGUCACCUAACAAUCCACGAACGUGUUCACACUGGAGAGAAACCGUACAGCUGUGACCAGUGUGGGAGAACUUACAUUUCAUCAGGUGCUCUACAAAAGCACCGACGUGUUCACACUGGAGAGAAACCGUACAGCUGUGACCAGUGUGGGAAAACUUACAUUUCAUCAGGUGCCCUACAAAGGCACCGACGUGUUCACACUGGAGAGAAACCAUACAGAUGUGACCAAUGUGGGAAAACGUUUGCUACAUCAGAUGAAUUAAAACAGCACUAUCGUGUUCACACUGGAGAGAAACCUUACAAGUGUGACCAAUGUGGGAAAGCAUUCACUACAUCAGGUCAACUUAAAGUCCACCAACGUGUUCACACUGGAGAGAAACCGUACGGCUGUGACCAGUGUGAGAAGUCUUUCUUUACAUCAGAGAGACUAAAAAUCCACCAACGUGUUCACACUGGAGAAAAACCGUACGGCUGUGACAAAUGUGGGAAAGCUUACACUACAUCAGGUCACCUAAAUAUCCACCAACGUGUUCACACUGGGAAUAAACCGUACUGGUGUGACCAAUGUGGGAAAGUUUUCUCUAGAUCAAGUAUAUUAAUUGUCCACCAACGUGUUCACACCCGGGAUAAACCAUACAGCUGUGACCAAUGUGAGAAAUCUUUCUUUACAUCAGAGAGACUAAAAAUCCACCAACGUGCUCACACUGGAGAAAAACCGUACGGCUGUGACAAAUGUGAGAAAACCUUUAUGCACUCUGGUAACCUUAAACGCCACCAACGCAUUCACACUGCUUCGGUUUAAACAUUUUUCAGAUCCAAACAAGCUGUUUCCUCUUGCCCUGAUAGCUGUGUUGUUUUAUUAGCAAGCAUAGUGUUAGCUCAGGCAGGCAAUGAAGUCAAGCUCUGCUCUCAAUCCAAGACCAUCAGCUGAUUCCUCUCUUAGCAUUAGUUGUUAAUUUGAAUAUAAGGUAUCUUAUAUAAGCUGCUAUAGUCUGCUUGCGCUUGCUGCUUCUUCUGCAAGCAGCUCAUAAGCACUGGACACCUGUCCAGUUUCAGACGCUGAUCCUCGAGGCCCAGCCCAGCAGCCCACUCCACAGUGGAUAAUCAUCCUGACAACUUGUCCAGGAUCCAUUCAUCGCUCACCAGCACAAACUAUAUUCAAGGCCUGGCAAGUCAAGUUUUCCUGGCACAGCUGGCUGUUUUCCUCCCCGGUUGCAGGCCUGUGACGCCCAGCGAUUACUUCCCUCUGGCAGCAUCGGAGGUAUCACUGUCCCUCAGAGAUCGCUGUGAAGAGCAGUUCCAGUCUCCUCUGUGGGUUCCUUUUGUUCUUUCUCCUGCCACAAUCUCUCCCUGAGCUGAGAAAAGCUCUGGGGAAACAUCCCCACUACUUCCUGUCAAAUAGUUGAUUGCAGGAUUGGUUCAGGGGCCUGACUUGGUUGCCAAGUGUCAUUUAUUUGUAAAAAUUAAGUCACAUUAAUUAUCUUUAAUGUAGUAAGCUUGCAAGCUUACGCUAAAGCCUCGAAUGUACUCAAAGCGGACGCAUACGCGCACAGCUGAGGACACCAGGGACUACUUCUAAACUAUUGUCAGGUCGGCGGACUUGCGCCACACAUGUGCAGUGUUUUUGUUUUUGGGCGCUUUCCAUUUAGGCACGUGGAAGGGAGAUCCCAGAACAGAGCCAAACAUACCGGAAAAAUGAUUUACGAGCACAAUGUGCAAGUAACCUAUGAGAAAGAUCAGGUGUGCCAGUAUGUGCUCCUUCUUGCCUCCUCCUGAGAGCAACACGUUCCCCUGGUUUUACUAAAGUUAUAGUAAUACUAUUCAGUAGUCUUGUUUAUAUCAGGUGUGUUGUGUGGGUGCUGCUGGUGGAUCGUGAAUCCGUCCCUGGUUCAAAAAUUACACAAGCACCAAUUACAGUAACGUUUAUUGUGAGUGUUUUUAAAUGCUUUUUUCAAUGUAUCAAAUUUUCAAAACAUCUGUUUCAGUAUUUUAGAAAUCCUUUACAAAUUAUUAAGGCCGAUGCCGAGUGACCAGAUAACAGGGUCUUCACUUCCGUACUCCUCCAAUGGUUUCACAAGGAAAAGACAACACACGUAGAGUCAAUAUGUAUAUAAUCAAUAGUUACUUGAACAUUUUCUGCUGUGUUCCAAAAAAGGUUAGCGUAGAGCCCUGCAAUGGAUCGGGCUCAGUUGUCAUCUCCUCGGAGGAGGUUUACUUCAACUGUAAGUGUACUUCUGCGUCGAAUCGACGGCAUAGGGGGCUACGGCGUCGCCUGACAUGCAUGUCCUCAAAAAUGUAACUACACGUCAAGUCGACGCGGACCGUAAGCUCUGUGAUUGGUCGGCUGGGUAGUCUUGCAAUGCCUCAGAGCCAACAGGAAGUGUCCCGUGCUUUGAAGUAACUUUUACUAGCGGCCAAAACAGCGUGCUGAAACACGGUGGAUCGACCCCGAGCAAAAUGACUCGUUCCUCUAUCAGAAUGUGAUUCAUUCGGUCGGUAACAUUUGAAAAGGCUACACCUACCGCUAAAUUAACGGAGCGCUAAGAAUAAGUAUAAAUGCCUGGCCUACGCAGGAGUAGAAAUCAACCUUAACUCUUCCCCUCCUGUGGAGCCUGAAUCGGCUUUUUUGACACGCCAUUUCAUUUCCUUGUUCAUACUGUGUCGAUCUCAAAGCUGCAGAUCAUUGGCAGAAGGAAACAAAACGAUCUAAAUCAUGGUUGUAUUAGUUCGUUACCCAAACAUGGUCUUCCACAUGACUGCUUUUGGACAGAGGCAGCGAUCUGUGGACAUUGCGAGUCACCCUCAGAAUUAAAUAUAUGGGUGAUGCUGUCCUUCAUUUGACUCUGUGGACAUUAAGGCAGCUGUCAGGUUGUCAGGCUAAAACAUUUACUGUGGGCUACAACUUCAGUAAUCACCAUUUAAAUCAAACUAAUCUGUAUUAAGCUGUAACCUAAAUGAACAGUCAUCUGUCAUGUUGUGAUUAGUCGCACUGAUUGGAUCGUAGUUAUCGUGCUGGAGCUGAUGUGAAUGUUUCUGAGUGAAGAUGACAGGGGUGCAGCUGGAACAAAUAAAGUGAGUUUGUUAAUAUUAUCUGCUUAUAGUCUUAAUGUGUUUUGACCACAUUUUAUUAAAUAUGAAAUGAGCAAGAUUUUAGAAUAGAAGUCUAAAAGUCAGUUAGACACAUUUUCCACAGAAAGAAAAUAAUGAAUAGCCUGCUGUGUGGGACUGUGGCUUUACAAUCACAGGUCCAUGAGUAAACUGUGUCUAACGUUGUAGUGCAUGUAUUCUACAUAUACGUCUGUAGCAUUAAAUGUCUUAUCUGUUUCUCUGGGUCAGACUCUGUAAUCGCCCUCUGGUGUAUGACACUCUUAAUAAAUAUCACAAAGACAA